AGCAUGAAAACCAAAUUCCAGAUUCGGCCUGAUGGACGAUGAUGCAAUUGCUCCACCUCUGAAUGACCGGACGACUCAAACGGCGCAACAGAUCCCGGUGCUCAGUGUCCGCGCUGGUCCGCGCGAUGGUGACGAAUGGAUCAAGCGAUUGAAGGAAGAGUACACAUCGUUGAUCCAAUUCGUGAAGAUGAACAAAGAAGCAGACAGUGACUGGUUCAAAAUUGCGUCCGACGCCACAGGCAUGAAGUGGAAUGGGACGUGCUGGGCGUAUCACCAAGGAUUGCGGUAUGAGUUUGCCAUGUCAUUUGACAUUCCCGUCGCGUAUCCUGCCGCGCAUCCCGAGAUCUGCAUUCCUGAAUUGGACGGCAAGACUGCCAAGAUGUACAGAGGUGGAAAAAUCUGUCUGACUGUGCACUUUGGUCCAUUGUGGCAGCGCAACGUCCCUCGCUUUGGAAUCGCUCAUGCAUUGGCGUUGGGGCUGGCGCCAUGGUUGGCUGCAGAAGUUUCCGACCUCGUCGAGCGUGGUUUCAUUACACCAGUAUAAGCCACGAGAAGAGUUAGGAUGGUCGGAGAGUUCUCAAUAACGUCAACUUUCCAAACUAGUUACGAAAA